ACCUAGUUUUCUUCCGUGCCUUUCCCAAGUUACGUCGCUAUCCCAAAACGCUCCUAGUUGUACCGUUUCAAUUCUCACACCUAGCUCUUUCUCUAAACCUCCGUAGAAGGCAUUAAGUCAGCUUCACCUGAACGAAAACCUCCAUUUCAUCUUCGUGUACCCAUGUCUCCUUCAAUUCCUAACUACCAUUAACCACGAACUCAUCUAACAGAAGCCAAAAUUACACGUGCGCGUUCACUCCCCACAAAAUAGAGUACCCAGAAACCCCGACUGCAACAGCAGCUCUCUUUGGUUCCUUGUCCUAAUAGCUUGAAUACCCACAGAUACACAGAAGCCUCACUUCAUUCCAGUGUUUUAGCACCUCCCUGAAGAUUCGCGAAGCGCUCCAUCAACGCCAGGACCCAGCCUUCAACGACCAGUACCUCACUUUCACAGGCCCAAUAUUCCUUCUCCCUUGUCACGCGCAUUUGUCUCCAAGCUCUAAAGAGAGUACUUUGAGUUCCUUCCCCCUCAGUUGAUUCCCCAUCACGCGGUUCUGCUAGCUUCAGAUCUCCAUUUGGCACGGCAGGGCCAUUAUUCAUCAACCAAAACCAUUCUUCUGCUUCUCCGAUUCGUUUGUUGUGGCAUAGGCGAGGUCAAAGGAAACAGUAAUGAAGAGAACUUCUGCUGUUUGUGCCAUGGAAUGGAGCAUUGAGCUGGAAAUGGCCCUUCGGUCCAAAAAGUCAGGUCAAGCUGUCAAGGCCAUACAACAGAUUGGGUCAAGAUUGCAGCAGUGGAGCAGAGAACCCAAACCCACAAUGGCAGUGUACAAUAUGUUUGACUUAGUACUAGGUGAAGAUAGACUUUUUGCCAAUACAAUCCUCUUACGGCUUGCUGAUGCCUUUAGAUUGGGUGACAAAGAUACAAGGCUUUCUGUUGUAAGGGUUUUCUUAUCAGUGUUUAGGAACAGUUACAAAGAAAAGAAAGGUAAACAGUAUGAAGGGAUUUUAUCAAAGGCCAGGAUAGACAACCAAAUGGAGCUUUUGAAAAGAGUAAAACUUGUUUUUGAUACUGGAGAUGUUGAGUCAAGAGCACUGUCUUUGAUUCUGUUUGGUUGCUGGGGCGAUUUUGCAAAAGACAGUGCUAAUAUACGAUAUCUAAUACUUUCCAGUCUAGUCUCCUCUGAAAUAUUGGAGGUAAAAGCAUCUUUAUUUGCUGCAGGUUGCUUUUGUGAUUUGGCAGCUGACUUUGCAUCUGUUGCCUUAGAGAUACUGCUUAAUGUUGUAAUUUCACCCAGCACAUCAAUGGCCAUAAGAAUAGCUGGGGUACGGCUUUUUGCAAAAAUGGGGUGCUCAUAUUCAAUUGCAACUAGAGCUCACAAGAUAGGACUCAAGCUGGUAUUAGAUUCUUCAGAAGAUGACUUUUUGGUUGCAAUACUGAUUUCCCUCUCAAAACUUGCUGCUAAAUCAACCCUUCUUCUUUCUGAACAGGUGGACGUACUUUUGUUUUUUCUCAGCCAAGAGAGAACUUUGAGAUUGCGAGAAACAGCAUUAAGGUGCCUUAAUUUCGUAUAUAGGAAAGGAGUUUGUUACUCUUCUGUUAGUACACAUGUAAUCAGAACAUUACUCAGAACAUUAGAUGAAAUCGAACUUCCAUCAGUCAUGAAAUGUGAAGCCUUACAAAUCUUGCAGACUCUAGUAUGUGGACUCCCUGAACUUUCUUGUGACGAAAUGCUUGAUUUUACCAAUCUGUUGAACAUUAUUGAGAAAGAAGCUCAGUCACCUAUAAUGUCAGAAAGCGUGCUAGCAAUUCAUGUUCUUGUGGAUAUAUCAACAAGACUCAAGGAAAGAAGACAAGUAGGAUCUGAUGGGGAUUGUUUCUUUUCUCUGCCUAUGAGGAUCAUCUCAGUAAUUAUGGAUCAGAUCAUUUUUCUGUUGAAGCCACUGUUGGAAGGUUGUCAGAAUAAUUCUAAAUUAUCUCAGGAAUUUCAGAGCCUGCUCAAUGUUCUUCUUUCUUUAGUUGGAAAACAUCCAGAUCUAGGUAUCUUGGUGCUGCAAAAAUUUGGAUCAUUUGUAGAAUGUCUUGUGGAUGUGCAUGACAACAUCAUGACUUCAAGGCAAGCAGGUGUAUCAGAGUAUGAGCAAAUAGAUUUUAGGGUACAAAAGAGCAAGCAUAUUAGUUUAAGUCUUGCAUAUAAUGUCCUCCAGUUUCCUCUAACUUGCAUUGAGAAUCUCAAUGAAGCUGGCGCCAUUAGUGCUGAAUUACAUGAUAAAUUUAAGUUAUUGGUUGGGCAGGUGCAGAGUUGCAAUCUAUGUGAUCACUAUAUAUAUCUCAUCUACUCUAUACUGUUGCACUCUCAAGUUAUCUGGGGUUGCGUGGUCAGAAACAGCGAGGAACCUUGUCGUGUUGGUAGAAAUUUGGGUAUCUCACUUUGUAAUCAUUUGGGUAAGCAUGAAGUUUUCUCACUUGAGCAUGUAGAGAAAAUGUUAGCAGAGAGGGAUAACUGGCCUGUGUACAAAGCUGGGACAUAUGCAGCAUAUCAGGGAGCAUGGGUCACUGCUGCAUUUGUAUUUGGGCAACUAAUAGGUAAGGUUUACUCUGAUUCCUGUUCGUAUUGGUUAAAAGCAUUAGCUCAAUUUGCUGUGUCUGAGGGGAAAAUUCUACUCUCCCUCUUUCCAAAUCUCAGGAGGAAGCUAAUAGAUUUGCUAAAGGUUAAAGAAUUUCACAUCACAUUUUUUGGGGAUAGUCUUGCUGAAGUUGGCCAAGGUGCUGUUGGGAAUAUAAGUGAGCCUUGUUGUACUGAAGUGCUUGUUGGGGCUUAUAAUGGUAUUUGCUCAUCUGGGGAAACAUUAAAAUCCAUUGCCAUGUUGGGAAAAUCAUGUUGUUUCCAGAGAUGGUUUUUGGUUAUGAGACGGAAGGUCCUUAGAACUGUGGUGGAUGGACUUAAAGUUCUGGGUACCAUUCCACUUACCCAGGUCAGUAUUAGCAACAAUGGACAGGUUGAUACAAGUGUUACAGUUAAAUGUCUUGACUGUUUGCGGCAAAUUACUCAAAUAUCAUUUCAAUGGAAGAGUCUAGCACAAGAAUUUGAUCUCAUUGCAAUGUCUUUCAUUGGCAUGGACAGGAGAAGUUCAAAAAUUAUUUCAGCACUAGCGUUGGGUUGUUCACUACUGGCUUUCACAAGUGGAUUUGCUCUUUACUUUUCAAACUUGCCUGACCAUGUAAAUUUAGUUCUACGUGAUCUGGAAAGCUCAAUGAACUAUUUACAGGGAUUGUUAAUACAAGAUUUAGCUUUGCGGUUGUCGCUUGUAGACCAGGAGAUCUGUUAUAAUUUAUCUCUGCUUUUAGAGGUCAGUGGACAGUCCAAAAACUGUUUUCACUUGCAGACUAGGAAUCAAAUAUUAAAUGCUGGUGGUGAAGUAAGAGAUAUUCUUAAUGCUUGCAAAUAUGCUGUUUCUGUUAUUGGUAGCUUACAAAACGAGUCAAAGGGAGUGCAAAAUGAAGAGAUUCUAACUCGCAUUAUUAAGGAUGGUUUCCAGCUUGUGUUGAAGACUAUCACUGAAUGGUUGCACAUCCCUUUCCGAACCCCAAAGUAUUUCUUUAAAGUGAGGCCAUGCGUUGGUUCAGAGCUCAUUGCGUUUGGUGGAGACAGUAGAAACUCAAAUGAGUUAACUGUGUUGCAAGGCUUCCACUUAUCAGUAAAUCUGUGUGUUCAAUUGAGGAAUGUGCCGCCGAAGCUGAUAGUUGGGAUGACAAAAUUGUAUUGCGUUCUUUGUUCUAGUGCAUCUUUCCAGGAGCCCAAAUCGAGUGCAGAAACCGGAGGACAAAUGCAGUUAGAUUACGAGGAUUGGGAAGUACCCGGUAUGAUUUUUAUGAAUGAAAAAUUAUGGCACCACGUAAUCGAACAUGCAAAGAAGACCGAUAAAUGUAAACGUGGUCGGGAUUAUGAAACUAGUAGCAAUGAUGGGAUUGUGUACAGAUUUGUGUGUUUUGAGCUAAAUGAUAGAGGGCAAGGCUUUUCCAGUUGCCUGCUUGAUGUUUCUGAUUUUCCAGUUGGUUCUUAUAGAAUCAAGUGGCACAGCUGUUGUAUAGACGACCAAGGCUCUUAUUGGAGCCUCCUUCCGCUAAAUGCUGGACCUGUAUUUACUAUACAGAACCCCUCUGUCGUAAAUUAAGUUUCUAUUUUUAUUUUUA